AUGAAUCCAAAUGUAUACCAGCAAGAAUCCACUAUAUAUGAAGUUUGGCAGCAUAAUAUUAAAGAUGCAUUUGAAUAUAUCUCACAUAUAAUCGAUGAAUAUCCAUAUGUAGCAAUUGAUACUGAAUUUCCAGGUGUAGUUGUUCGUCCAACAAAUAAUAUUUACGAAUAUUAUUAUCAAACAGUAAGGUGUAAUGUUGACCUUCUUAAAGUUAUCCAAAUUGGAAUGAGUUUCCGUAAUAAGUACGGGUUAUCACCAAGCUCUGUCGUUUCUACUUUUCAGUUUAAUCUGAAAUUUGAUAUGGAUAAUGAUAUAUACUCACAGGAGUCAAUUCAAUUUCUCCGUCAUUCUGGUGUAGAUUUUGAUAAACACCAAGAUCAUGGUAUUGAUUUCUUUUAUUUUGGUGAACUUAUGUAUGGGAGUGGCCUUAUACUGAAUUCUAAAAUCAAAUGGAUUAGUUUUCAUGGUUGUUAUGAUUUUGCUUAUUUGAUUAAAAUAUUAACAUGUUCACCAUUACCAGAAACUGAGAGUGAAUUUAUAUCACUAGUUAAUAUGUUAUUUCCAUCUUUAUACGAUAUAAAAUUUGUACUAAAGCAACUAACAAAUUUGAACAACUUGACUUCUUUACAGAAGCUAUCGGAGCAUUUACAAAUACAAAGGAUUGGAAUUGCUCACCAAGCUGGUUCAGAUGCUUUAAUUACAUGUUGUACUUUCUUUAAGUUAUGUCAAUUAUAUCUUAAUUCCUGUAUUGAUGACGACAAAUUUAAAGGACAAAUCUAUGGAUUUGGAUUAACAUUACCUUCUAUAGCUAAACAUUAA